GACAUCCAAUAGAUCUGAUGUUCAGUGGCAGUAUUCGCUCGAAGCGUUUUGGCUCGAGCCAUUGUGGGAUACGCCAUCGUAUACUUAGCACUUCUCGCCAAGCAAAUGCCUGUAACCGAUAUAGUCAAUAUAACGGUUUCAGGUUCCACCUUGUCCAUUGUCGGUGGGACAGGAAAGUACCCUCCACGCGAGCUGCCUCCUCAUAAUCUAAGUCUCACUGUGUUUAGGAAGAUAUUGCGAUUGAGCAUUCCGACGCGUGGUGUUGGAACAUAUUCUGUAGUCUUACGAGGCGGUUCUGGUUCAGGAGGGGCUGGACGUGGAGGUACAACGGUUGAAGCUCAAUGGGGUGUGCAAGAUGUUGCGAGAUCAGAAGUUGUGUUGUAUCUCUUGGUCGGGAACAGAGGUGAUGCUGGAGGUGGAGGAGCCUCAAUCAUUUGGAUGGCUGAGGAUUGUUCUCGGUUGGCAGUUGCUGGCGGAGGUGGAUCUGCUGAAUACUAUCUUGGUGAUACGCCAGGCGCGCCCCCCCCCGGCGCUUUCGCCACUGUGCUUGCGUUCAGCAUCGGCUCCAGCAUCUCGGGCUUCUACAUUGUUCGACAUAACCCUGCCAGUCUUCAUGAUCCUGUGGUGUUCUACGUGUCCCUGCUGAUCAUCAUUGUUCUCAUCAUCCCAGGCUCACUCCUCGCGAAUACGCUUGCUAGACGUUCAAGUGCACAGCGCGAGGAGCGCACCACCGAGAUGCGCGAGGGUCUCGACGCGUUCUGCGCUCGCGAGGCGAUUGACGAGUUUUUGAAGUCUCGCGCUGACACCAAGGUCUUUCCGCAGCUUGGCGAUGAGCUCGUCGAGAAGAUAAAGGCGAAUUCUCCACAGAACACGGACUAUCUCCUUGUAUCUGCGCCAGAGCAUACCAAGGAAAAAGAUCUUGAGGUUCUCAGCCACGCCCGCGCAUUCAUCAAGGAGAUUGGUCAUGACAAUUUGGCUGGAGACGCCAAAGACAGAUUCCACACGCAGGUGAUGGACAAAGCACGCAUGACUCAAGAAUUGAAAACCUGGCGGGAGGCCUGGAAGGGAAAAGUCUGCGAGGGAGUUAAGCAAGUGAAGCGUUUCAGGCCGGCCUCUGAGAUAGUCUUGCUCACUAUCGACGGCGGUCCCGAAUGCCAGUGGGAGCUGGAGGAGCUGAAGACCAAGAUCAUACCACAGUUCACAAAUAUCCGACUGAGGCAGCAUACAGAUUUUGAGUCUUUCGUGCGCUCUUUCGUUUCCCCUGAAUGAGGCUUGCGAGCACACCUCCCCCAGCUAUAUGUACGUGUACUGGUGCAUGCACUCACCCUCAAUACAACAACCCGAAGAAGAUCUAGUCGCGCCGGGCCUCGCUAACUGCAUAAGACGGGCCGAGAGGACCCUCCCUUGAGCGCCACGAGAAGGCCCAGGACGGACCCAGACGGCCAGAAGGCGGCGCCCAUAUGAGACGGCGCGAGAGAGCAUCAAGGCUGCCCACCAGGGCGCCUACAGGAAAAUUUUCGGAGCGUGAGAAUUCACGAAGCUGUGAGUUUUGGAUGCGUUGCGUAUUUGUGUAUGGCUGUCCUUCUUUCUCUCUCAUUCUUCCUGCACGCUAAUCUUGAAGGAUCAAG